CUAGAAAUAUCCCAAGGGGGAAGUAACAGCAGCAGAAUCAGGUCACCUUGGUCUAAAGUCCUCCUUCAACUUGGGUAAAGGUGAAGAGGAACACUGUCCCUUAGAGUGGGGAGUGGCCACUACCCUUCCACUACCUCCCAGGCAAAUGCCUAGUCAGCUGGAACAGGAGAAACAGAAAGAUAUUUGACAGGUGAUUAGUGGUAGGGACCCUACUACAGGAACACAGGGAGAAAAGAGAAUUACUGGAGAAGAGAGGAAUGAGCUCUGGCCCACACAUCAGUACCAGAGGGUUCCACCGUCCAGCUUGUAUCUCCAACGCCAUUCUGGCUUCCUCUGAAACUGUAGUGUCAGCCCUUCAGUGCCUUAUACCUGCGGGAGAGUGGUUGCUCCUUUUACCAAGUGUUUGAUCCUGGGGUUCAUGCAAAUCACUGCCACUACUUCCUUCAAUGGAGGAACAGAGGGAGGGAAGGAGGAGAAAAGGGAGAGAUGGAGGAAUGAAUGAAUGAAGAAAGGAAGGAAGGAAAGAAGGAAGGAAGGAAGGAAGGGUGGAAAAAGGAAGUGAAAAAAAAAACUUUCCAUUCUUUUCCUCCCUCUUCCUGGUCUCUGCUGUCUUCCAUCUCUCUGCGCUUUCUGUUUCACUCCCUUCUCUUCCUCCAAUACCGCCACCGCUUCAGUCUUGAUAACCGAAUUUCUCCUCCUCUUCUUCCCCCUCCUCCCCUCCUUCUCUUCUUCCUCUCCUCCUCCCCUGGCUCCCCCUGCACCCUUGAACACCAGAGAGGAGCUGCUGCUAGAUCGGCGAGGAGAACUAGUGAGAGGAGACAAGGAGACCUGGUGAGCGCCAGAAAGCCGAGACCUGCUAGGAAGAUGCUGAAAGUCACCGCGCCCACCUCCUCUUCCUCUUCUUGUUCCACCGUACCCACCGCUACUGGGGGCACCUCCGCUGCUACCGAUUACUGGAUCGACGGCUCCAAUAAAGACUCUUUGAACGAUUUCUUCGAGGUGGAGACGGAGCUGGGACGGGGUGCUACAUCAGUUGUGUACAGAUGUAUGCAGAAGGGGACCCAGAAACCUUAUGCUCUCAAAGUGCUAAAGAAAACAGUAGACAAAAAAAUAAUUCGGACUGAAAUAGGUGUCCUUCUUCGCCUUUCACAUCCAAACAUCAUAAAACUAAAAGAGAUAUUUGAAACACAAACAGAAAUCAGCCUGGUUUUGGAAUUGGUCACAGGAGGAGAACUGUUUGAUAGAAUUGUGGAAAAAGGCUAUUACAGUGAGCGGGAUGCUGCCCAAGCUGUUAAGCAAAUCCUGGAGGCAGUUGCGUAUCUACAUGAAAAUGGAAUUGUUCAUCGUGAUCUUAAACCUGAGAAUCUUCUCUAUGCAACUCCAGACCCAGAUGCACCACUCAAAAUAGCUGAUUUUGGACUUUCUAAAAUUGUGGAGGAUCAAGUUACCAUGAAGACUAUAUGCGGAACCCCAGGAUAUUGUGCACCUGAAAUUCUUAGAGGAUGUGCCUAUGGACCUGAAGUGGAUAUGUGGUCCCUGGGAGUAAUCACCUACAUCUUACUUUGUGGAUUUGAACCAUUCUAUGAUGAAAGGGGCGAUCCGUACAUGUAUAAGAGAAUUCUGAACUGUCACUAUCGCUUUGUCUCCCCCUGGUGGGAUGAUGUGUCUCUGAAUGCCAAGGAUUUGGUGAGGAAACUGAUUGUUUUGGAUCCUAAGAAGCGUUUGACCACCUUUCAAGCUCUGCAGCACCCUUGGGUCACAGGGAAAGCAGCUAAUUUUGUACACAUGGACACUGCCCAAAAGAAACUCCAAGAAUUCAAUGCACGGAGAAAGCUUAAGGCUGCAGUGAAAGCAGUGGUGGCCUCCACCCGACUGGGGGGUGGUAGUGGUCACAGCUGCCUUUCUGUCACCUGUAAGACUUCAAAACCAGAUGAAGAAAGUGAGAGUAAACAAAAUGAAACUCGGAAGGAAGAGAGCGAGUUUGUGUUUGCAGUAACAGGAGCCCAACUUGAAGAAGAAAUAAGAGACAAAGUGGAACCUGGAAUAGAACCUCGUCCUCAAGCAGAAUACUUUGCUCCAGAAGAAGCCCUAAGAGUGGCUGGAGAGGAAGAAAUACAACAGUGGUUCCCAAUACAGGGCUGAAGCUAGUCACUUUCAUGCAUGGACUAAUUUGUUUUUCAGUCAGGAAGAUUUGUAAGCAUGAUCUUCACUGUAGUGGUUCUAUUUUUGAGGUGCAAAACAAUGUGUAAUAAUAUGUCAGCUGGUGACCCUAACUCCAAUGCAUGUGAUUGCUUAUGAAUUGUAGUGUCCUCUUUGGCAUGUAAUGGAUUACAUGUAGUGUUAUCUAAUACCAGCAAGUGAAAUUUGACAAUGAGCAAACAGCCUAACACUUAAACUUCAUGUAUAUUUGCAGAGGGCAAAAGUUAAUGUUCGAAGUGAAUCAUAUUUAUAGUUUCUGUUUUCAAAAAUUAGCCUUCUGAGGGAGUUAUUAUCUGAUUUCUUUGGAAUGGUAGUUAUUUCAAUUGGCAUACUGACCAUCUGCUACAUGUUGUUACCAUGAAACUGUUUAAAUGCGUUUUAAAAUUCUUAUAUAGAAACUGUUUACAAGAAGAUAACAAAUAGAUGUCUAGUAUAUGCAAAAACAUUCCAUAAAUUCUGGUAAGAAAUUGAAGCAUUACUUUCAAGGGCCAUGAAGCUAUAUGCCCCUCCACUUUGUGUUGAGAAUGCCUUACUGUACCUUUAACUGUUUAUACACACUCUAUUACUAAUAACCAAAAAGCCCUUUCAUAGAAUUCUGCCAUUUCAUUAUCCUGGCAAAUUUUCAAUACAACUGGGUUGGUCCCUGUAUUCUUCCCUUCCAGAUUCUCACUUUCUCUUUCAUAAGAAUCCUUUUGAAGAAAAGUUCUUUAGGGGAUAGAGGGUGAUGAAAAUUGGACAUGUAUAGAAUAGUGCAAAAAAAUAUUUAGGAUCUUUGUCAUUUUCUAAGAUAUAAUUAUACUUACCUAGUAGUUUAUAAAACCAUAAAGCUAAAAAUAGUUUUUAUGGAUAAAAUCUGUAAUUACAAAGUUACUUAGAAAAAUCUUCCAAGGCUGAAUGUCAUGAAAGUAAUUUUUCAAAAUAAGUUCAUUAUCAACUUUGCUAUAAUUUAGGAUAUUCCUUUGCCAUUAAAAGUCACUUUCUUCCCUUGAUUGUUAAAGUCAUAAUGCUAAUGAACUAAAGCAUAUUCAACAAAGUACUUUGUGUGUUUUUAUGCUCCAAACUAGUAGUUCCUUAAUUUCAUAACAAAGUAUUUUUAAAGUAUCUGUGUUAGAUAUAUGUGACAAUGUCAUUUUAUUUUACUUUUUUAUUGAAACAACCUUAAAUUAGAGAAUUGGGAUUCUAAUAUUCUUUUUAUUCUUAUUUGUUUUAAUCUUAAAAUAAACUCUUUUGGGGGGUUUAAUAGUACAUCUUUCCUUUUUAACAUAGACUCUAGUGAUUCACAGAAAUCAGCUAUUAAACAUAUGUAUGAUUUUAAAGUUCAAAUUAAAAUUUUUAUCAAAUCAA